GUCCACACUGAAACAGAGAUCACAUCAGUAGAUGACAUAGCUAAUGAUUCCAAAAAUGACCAUAUGUAGUUUUAAUGGAUAAUAUGAAGUCACAACAUGGAAAUUAUGUAAAUAUAAAUAGUUUGCUGUGUGUUCCUUUCUAUAUGGACUGCUUUUCCACCAUAGCACUGGUUUUGACUCUUUUAUAUGCACAAAGUUAAGUUUCAACAGGGGAACAAGCGCUAUAAUGUGUUUAUGCUUCAGUUACUCUGAAGCAGGGGUUAUAUGGUGUCUCUAAAUGGUCUUUUUUUGGAAGACAUUUAUAAAUACCCUCAGAAAAAAAAUAUUGUAAAAUAUUGAUUUCUGUGGUAUUGUCAUUAAAUUUUAACUUGGAUUAAGGCUCCAUGCUGUGGUCCCAUUGUGUUUUCCAGAUAGUAAGUCCCAGCUAUAGGUCAUCUACAGACAUCUGUUUGCAAAAAAAUUUAUAGGCGGAAAUAAAAACUUUGUGCUACAGUGUGUUCAAACUUCUGCUACUCAAUGCCAAUAACACUUGCAGUGAUUCUGACUGUUGGGGAGUGUUACCUUUCAAAAGUGACCAAAACCAUGCAUGUACUCCUAAUGGUUCAAGAACAGCUUUCAACUUACUUUUGGUGUGCCUUGGAUAGGCAUUUUAGGCUAAUUUCACAGGAAUUUAAAGGAAUAUUAAGGGGUUAAAGGGUUAGUAUGGAUUUUGUGAAGUGAGGUUGUAUGAGGUAGUUUUCCAUUGUUUCCAUUUGGGUCAGAAAGUGCUGUUGGGGCAGUGAGACAGUGCAACAGUAAGUAUUAAAUGCCAUAAUUGAUACAUUAUUUGUGUAAUCAGUGAUGAGAUAAAGAACUGACUUUUGUUCAUAAUUCACUGGCACAGAAAUUUGAUGUUUUUUUCAGUUGCAGAAAAGAGUCUAAGAUGUUUUUUCCUUCAAUCAUCUUGUGAUUGUUCGGGAAUAAUAACAUUCCAUCAGAAAUACAUGAAAAGGUUUAUGAAUGAUGCACCUGUCAUGUGUCAUAUCAUAACACACAGAGAUGCAACAUUGACACAAACAGAGAUUUGUCGUCAUAUUGUAUUACCAGUCAGUCAGUAACACCAUACGAACACAGUGUACAGAUGCUCACUGAAGAAAUAAGGAAUUACCCCAUGUUUUAUAAGAAACUUUAGAUGAGUUUCUGGCAUGUAUUGUGGUUUCAUUGUUAUUGGACAUAACACAAACACAUCACCUGUGCUGUUUGUCUUUUGUCAUGUGUUAUUGUUCAUAAUUACAUCAGUACUUUCCAGGCAGGUACUCAAAAUUUCCUCAUAACUUCUCUGAAGUGCCUGCAGAACCAGUAUGACUGUAAUUAAGCAUGUGGUACAGACCAGUGGAUCUAGACUAUAUAAGCCAGACAAACCUGAUGGGAUGUAGGACAGCAGCUCCACAGAGAGACAGAGGUACAUCCAGAGGUGCACUGCAGGGUACAGAUUCUCAAACACAGAGACAUCAUGAAAGCUGUUGCAGUCUUCUUGCUUGUGCUGUGUUACCUGGCCGUCAGUCAUGCCUGGACCUGCAGGGAGGCUCCACGGCUGUCUAAUGUUAGACAGAUUGAUGCUGGGCAGGGGAAAGUGGUUGCCAGCACCAGCAGCAAUUAUGCGUAUUUCCUGAUUGGAUCAUAUUGGUACAGAAUGGGCUCAGCUAGACUCAAGCAUGUCUCAGUGGGACCUGCAGGAAUGUGGGGAGUUGACUCCUCAAACAGGGUCCACAAAUACGUAGCUGGCAACUUUGUUCAAUCUUCUGGUCUGUCUAUGCAGCAGGUGGAUGCUGGAGGUGAUGGCCAAGUUGUCGGAGUAACCCCUAGCUCCCACAGCACCUACUGUCUGAGAAGUAGCUCAGCUUCGACCUACAAGGCGGGCUCCCUCAGCUGGAGUUCCCUGUCAAGGACUAUGAAGUACUACAGCUGCGGUCCACUGUACGGAUGCUGGGGAGUGGACUCAAGUCAUCGGGUUUACGUCACACAGAGAAUCACACCAACCAGCUGUAGUACCUCUAGCUGGACAUCUGUGUCAGGGAUAUCUGCGAAAAUGAUUGAGGUGGGAACUGACGGAAGCGUCUUUGCAGUGACUACAACCGGCCAAGUCUACCAAAGAAACGGCAUCUCCAGUAGUCGUCCAUACGGCUCAAGUUGGAGCCGCAUCCCUAUGUGCAUGGCCAUGAACCACCUGAGCUACGACCUGGGCCAACUUUGGGUUGUGACCAGUGGUGGUCUUCUUUUGCAGUGCUCACACUAAUGUGUUGACUGUCCUUGAUUCCUUAAUACAAUGAAAAAAAUGAUCAGCAUUUGAAUUAUGCCAAUCUAAGGCUCUGAUUCAAUCUUUUUCUUGACAAAGUGAAAAAUUGGUGUAGGGAAAAUAAGUGAUUCUUUAAUGUAGUGUGAUUCUCUCUCUAAUGAUUCAGAAAUUAUGCUCAAAACUCUAACUGAAACGUAAGGUCACUACCUUGAGGGUAAUGGAGCAUGUUGUUAACAAUUCACACAUGUAACAUCUACCUGGUAUACUUUCUGCUGUCUUCAAAAUUAUAAUAAAAAUAAUCAGCAAACUAAUUUCUGGCUUUUUCUUGAUGAAUUUAAUGAUUUUGCUACUGUGUGUUCAUAUAUUAAGAAAAUGGACAGGAAAAAUUGAGAUGUAACAGUAUGUAUUGAGAAUGGUUUUGAAGCUAGUUGACGCACAGAAAAACCUUCAUCU